ACAAAGACGGUGACAGGUUUCCCAGGCUUGAAAAUGAUACUUUUUUUUUCUCGUUUUUUUUUUUUUUUAAACAUAGUUCGGCUUGGGUCAAGUGAGUGGGGUCAUUCGGUUGAUAUAUAUGCGGACACCAAGUAGAGCUUCAGUGAAGCAGCUGCCCGGUAAACUAAAUGUCUUUGCCGAACAGCUUCGACAAUUCAGGGAGGCCCAAAUGCGCCCGCUGCCGCCACCACGGUAUCGUUACUCUGAAGAAGGGCCACACAAAAAUCUGCCCUUAUAUCAAGUGCGAGUGCUCCAAGUGUUCCCUGAUAACGCAGAGGACGAAGAUCGCCGCUCUCCAGAGGGAAAUGCGAAAGACCAAGAAAGAGCAGCAACCCGGAGCCGGCAGUGGGGACGGCCGAGCUCCAUCUACAUCUGCACCGAUGGGCCCUCAAUCCGGAUGGGCCCCGGAGAAGGGCACACCCGCCGACCCCUGGGGAAGGCCUGAGUCGGGAGGACAACCCGUGUCGGGUUCGAGCAGGAGGGAUGAGCUGCCGUCGACUAGCGGGAAACGUCUUCCUCUCAAUACACCUGGUUUCGAUGAACACGGGCAGGUGGGACCUCUGCCUUUUAUUCCCUUUCCAUUUAGGAUGCCAAGUUGUUACCCCAGCAGCUAUUCAUCUCCACCUCCACACUUAAUGCCCAACAUGCAGUGGGUGCCCCCCGUAGCUGUUGGGUUUGGACCCCUGAUGUUCCCGCACCCCCACCAGGGUGCUGUGAACUACCCUCUACCCCCAAAUCCUAGACCGCCAGCUGGUUGCAGGCAGGUCUUCAUGCGCCACCCACAACCUGUCUCACAGACUUUUAAGGAUGAGCAGCGCCCUCCACCUCCUGUGCCCAAGACCCCUGAGCAAGACGCUGCAGAGCAAGUUAACAGGGGGAAUGAAUCAUAAACACCCCCCUAUAUAUUUCCUGUUAUGCUGUUAUUUUUUGUUCAUUUUUUGAUAAAGUUUAGAGCCUUGAAGUGUUUAAAAAUGAAAGGGAAGACCUCUGUUCUAUUUUCAGAAUUACAUUAAAGUUUUUAUUACGAUUUUAUAUUUAGGUUCAGUGAGUUUACAGAGAAGGUUUGCUCAGGUUUUAUUGUUCGGUGUCUGUAAACGUGUGUGUAGCUGGUUGUGUUGACAAAUACGAUGCCUCACAGCAUUUCCUCUUUAGUUUGUUUUAUAAGUGAACCAAAUGGUUUCAGUUAUUUUUCUUAAGACCUUGAAUUGGUUUCUGAAAUCUGUAAAUUGUCCACACGGAGGCGCAGGCACGCUUUAAGUCGGCCACACACCCCCCAAAACGUUCACGGGCAGAGAAAAGGUUUAAAAAUAUUGCUUUAAUUUUUAUUUGCUUCUGCAAUUUGCAAAAGCACAAAAUGUUCAUAUGUGAGUUAUUAAAACCAAAUGUAAUUUUAAUCUAUGGGUCAGUUUGUCGAGAUCUAGAAACACUUACUGCUGCAUUUAUUCUAAAACUGAAGAUAUUUACUGCAGUUCUCAUUGUUCGUAUUGGACUCUUUGGUGGGCCGGUUCUGGCCCCAGAGUCCCAUGUUUGAUACUUGCUGUAAACUUUGCAUAUAUUAAAA